AUGAAGGGAUUAGUCAUCUUAGCUUUGGUUGUGGUAGCUCUGGUGGAGGCGAUGCCAGGAGAGGCCGUUGAUUGCAGGCUAGUGGACGCGUCCUUGGCGUUUUGCAUUCCCUUCCUGGCAAGAGGGGAUGGUUUUCCUUCGCCUACAUGUUGUUUAGGGGUCAGGAAUUUGCAGGUACUUACUCUAACCACAGCUGAUAGGAGAGCUGCAUGCGAGUGUAUUAAGGCAGUCGGUGCUCGCAUCCCAUUUAUAAACGAAGAUGCUGCCUCCUCCCUCCCUCAGAAGUGUGGGGUUGACUUGAAUAUUCCCAUCUCCAGGACUGCGGAUUGUCAAAGUAUUGGCCUAGAAGUAGAUGAUGCUUGUAAUGGUGCCACCGCUUGGUGUGGAUUAAGAUCAUUUUGCUAA